UAAGGUGGUCUGAUUUCGAGGGAUUAUUUAACGUUGUGUCAGAAGUUUUCCGCAGGCGAAAAUGCGCGCCGUGUCUGUUUGGCCACGGCGGCUAAUGUUUUAUUUCUAUUGCCCCUAGCUAGGUUAGCGGGGUUUACAAUUAACUAGCUUCAAAAAUUACGUUGAUAGCGGUUCGACAACGACGCUAACGUCACCAGCUAGUAUCUAAUUUGGGUCUCAUGCUCUUUUAAACCAUCUCCAUUUGAACUGGAGAUAAUGUCAGACCUUUGCUCGGAAAGUUCACAGCGAGUCCGCGAAACGCUGGAGUGGACAAUGAGAGAGAAGAACCAGAUACAAUAACUCGAGAAAGGGAGGAUGAUUUCGCGAUACAACAGACGACCCGUAUCGCACAAGCUUGAGAUUCGGGGGUUAUCCAGAAGCAGCCUUGACAACCAUCCUCUCCCAGAGGAAGCAGAUGAUAACCAGGCCCCACUGCGUUUCCUGCAUGGCCUCCAAGAAGCAGUCUCCACUCACAACAGCUCAGAGACAUCUGCCGCGUCAGGCCAGUCUGACUGUCCCACAGUCACCACAGAAGACACCACUCAGUCCUGGUCAGGUAUCAGCAGCUACACUGGCACUGGGAUCUCCACGGAGAGGAGCUCUGUCUUUUCUUGGGGCUAUGAUGAGUUUGACAAGGCCGCGUCUCGACAAGUUCAGCAAAUGUUUGAGGAAAUCGACAGAGAGCUGUACGAGGGGAAGUGUGACGGGAGAGGAGAGCUGCGGGGGCUGCAGGAUGAGUGUCAGCAGUGGGCUGUCAGGUUCCCCCAUCUCCGGAUUCUGGGAGGGCAGCUGGUGUGUCCUAGUGAUGAGGGCUUCCAGUGGUAUACAAAAUCAACCUAUGACAGCUAUCCAUCAGAGGAAAAGGACAGCACGAGCAAGGCCAAGGAAAAAGACAGGGGUUUCACCGAGUUGAACGUGCAGGGCAGGAGAGCAAUGCUGGCCGAGCCCUCUGCAACGGAGUCAAAUGGACCCCCUAGCACCCCUAGUGGCUCAAGGAGUCACAACAGUCAAAGAGUGAUUGAAGCGGAGGGUUUGAUGGAGGAAUACCUGGCCUUUGACAGCAGAGACUUGGAUGAUGAGCGGGAACGGGAGUUUUCUGAGUCAGGUCGGAGGCGACACUGCCUGCCACCUGUCUCGCCCUACAGAUGCCGGCGUCAGGCCAUCCUGGACCUGUUGUUUGAUGAUGUUUGGUGGCAGCUGGUUGGCUGGAUGGAGGAACUGGUCAAGCGCCACUGGGAAGGAUGCCUCUCAGACGAUGAGAAAAACUUAGUGAACUUGAGUCCAGUCCAACAAGAUGCACAGAAUUCCCUUAUGAUGCUUUCCACCUUGCCCACCAUGCUGCCCAAGCUUGGCCAGACCAGGAUGCCUCAGCUCACAGGCGGCCUGCAGUCUCAGAGCACAAAAUCUAGGGACUCAAAGCACAAGUCCAGACGGAAAUCCAAAAAGCAGAAAAAGCCAUCCACUGCUGGAAGGUCACUGGUAGGAGCAGCUGUGACCCACCACAACCUGAAUGACCUCAUUGUGAUCCACGGAAUUCCCCUACAACAAAGGAACCUGGGAGUGUCUGACAGAGCCCAGGAGCCAGAGGAGAGGGUAUCCCAUAGACCAGGCUCCAGCAUGGUCCCCGCCAACAAGCCCCGUCCCCGCCGGGCCUUGGAGCAGAGCUUCUCCUCACUGACUCGACCAGCCCAGUCGGCACGACGCAGAAACCCGCCCCCCCGCACACUCUUGCCGCUGGCGCCUAGCCUGGCUCAGUCCAGCGCCACAGCAGGAUCCAUGGACGAGAUCAUCCGUGGGACACGCCUACCCACGGCAAAUGACCACCUGACCUCUCUCUUGAUGCCUUUGAGCAGGAACACCCUCCUUCCCCCAAUUAGUGUUGGAGACCCGGAUUCAACUCACUCAGGGCAGCACUCCAGACCCUUGCAGCGUCAGAGAGGCUCAUCUAGCCGUGCCCAUAGUGCUGUAACAGAUGAAGCCGGCAGCACCCUCCCCAGGGAUCGCCAUCACCUAUUAGACGUCAUCUCUCGCCCCAACACCACUCUCACCUACAGGUCAGAUACCCCGUACCGUCGGUCCUUCACUGUAUUGGACAACAUUGGCCAGGGUCGGCCGGGCAGGGCCUCUGUCGGCACAGACUCUCUUGGCAUCGGUGUGACCGGCAUCAGUCUGGGCAUCAGCAGCUCCUCUUUCUUGGACUCUUUUUCCCAUCAUCCCCUGGGCCAUUCGCCAAUAGAGGAUGAAGAGGAGCCAGGGCCACAAGCCCCUCUCCCAGCUCUGUCGGUGCCUGUGUCAGUCCCACCGCGGUCGCACACACGAGGGGGCAUCUCAUCGAGAAGCAGCAGACCCGGCCUGUAGUUUUUACCAUACCUCUUUAUCUUUUAGCCAUUCUUGCCUCAUCUCAGCUGAGCACAAUUCAUCGCAGCACUCUGCGGCGCCCAUCAGUGGCCUCGAAUAUAAUUGAUUUAAAGCUGUAGCAGAACUUUGUUUUUUAUUGUUGUACUGUUUUGAUUUUUAUUUAUCAGUGACACUUUUUUUUCUAGAGGGCUAUUUUUUAUAUGUCAUAAAUACAGCUUAAGCAGCUGCCAAAGACAGUAAGCUGUCAACAGGAACUCCCCAUCUUUAUAUAUGUGUGUGCGCGCGUGUGUGUUUAUAUUUCAUUGUGUAGUUGUGUAUUGUGCAUUGUGCAUUUUCAUAUGUGGUUCAACUAUGCAGGGGAUGACGCAUCCAAUCAAACAAAGACACACAGGGAGGGAGCAAAAAGCACUUUUUACACCCUGACAAUAAAACGUCCGGCUGUUUGGUACUGUAUUUUUAUAAGGACACAACUCUUUAACACUCCUUUAUAAAACAGCAUUCACAGUCAGUCACGAUGCUAUUUGAAAUGGAAGGUUAACUUACCUUUCCCCACAUCAAUCCCUCUUUGUCAAUGCAAUUAGGGUUUAAGUCCAAGCCAUGGGAGGCAUGAUGGGGAAUACAUCUGCUGUAUUAGCAGUGACAGAGUGAAACAACUACUCACCACAGUACAAGCCAUGUGCCGCAUUCACUACAGCACUUCCCUUGGCGGACGAUGGAAGAGAUGGAUAGGUGUAAGUGGCGUGAUAUUUUGUCUGAAUUUGUAUGUGGAUAAACCAUGAGAAGCAACCCAUUCAUGUCAGUUGUGCGCUGGAUAGUCAACUAUUUGCUGUAUAUGCGGUAGUGCUUUUUUAAACUUGUGCACAAAGUAAAACUCUGGCUGACUGCUUUGGUUUCUUUCUGAUAACUACAACAAUGCAAAAAUCAACAGCAAACUAUUCUCAAGUUCAUUGGACCAUUGCAGUAAAGUGAGUCUGAUGGUUUCCUCUACUUCCAGUAGCCUACAUUAGACAACCGAGUUACAGUGUAACAAACGUUGAAAUGCAAAGCUGUUCUUUCAUGUAUUUCCUUUGACAAUGUAACUUUGCGUUUUUGUACAAAAGAAUAAAGUGAUGUGUACAUAUUAUAUGUAUAUAAAUAUGAACUUGUGCUUUUGCUGAAGGUUGUGAAUACAACAUAAGAAGAAACAGAAUAUUCACAAGUUCGACCUAGAACAUCUGUAAGCUUCAAACAGUGGAUGCCAAGAUAAAGUCCAGUUUUGUAUGUAGGCAUACAAAACAGUAAGCAGGGCACUGCUUAUCCAUGUUCAUGGGCUGUCUGUUGGUAAGACUUUUUACACCAAACAUGUCUGUCAUCCAUAUAAAGCUAUUACUAUGCACCGGUAGCAGACUGAAAUAAAACU